AUGCAUCAAUCCGAGCUCCGGCAAAGACCCAUGAGCCGAGAGACCACAGGAGGACGGUCCGACAACAACAACAACAACAACUCCGAAACCGCCAGCGCCACAUCCAGCCACUUACGGGGAGAUGUCCCCUCAUUGCGAAUCAUCUCGCGGACCGUCUCCGAAGUUCGCGAUGGGAUCGAGUCGUGGCGGGACCUCGACCUAGCGCAAGACCAGCCGGCCGAAGACGGAGGCGAGAAGACCUCGUCCCCGGACCCUGACGACCCUAACCUCGUAACCUGGACCGGCCCCGACGACCCGGAGAACCCGAAGAACUGGGCCUUCUCGAAGAAAUGGGGCGCCGUCUUCAUCGUCUCGAUGUUUACCCUGGUCUCCCCGAUCUCUUCGUCGAUGAUCGCCCCGGCGCUGUUGGACAUUGGUAGAGAGCUGGAUAUUCCUGAAGGGUUCGAACAGAACCUAGUCCUCUCAAUAUUCAUCCUCGCCUAUGCCCUGGGACCCUUAAUCUACGGCCCCCUCUCCGAGAUGUACGGGCGCGUAAUAAUCCUACAACUCUCGAACCUCAGCUUCCUCGCCUUCAGCCUCGGGUGCGGCUUCUCCCGCACAGCCCACCAACUCAUCGCGUGCCGCUUCUUCUCGGGGCUCGGCGGCUCCGCGACCCUCGCCAUCGGCGGCGGCGUGCUGAGCGACCUGUUCGUCGCCGAGGAGCGCGGGCGCGCCAUGUCGAUGUACUCCUUGGCGCCGCUGCUCGGCCCCGCCAUCGGCCCCAUCGCCGGCGCCUUCAUCACCGCGAACACGACGUGGCGCUGGGCGUUCUGGGCGACCUGCGUCGCGGACGCCGCGAUCCAGGUCGCUGGUUUGUUUUUCCUUAGGGAGACGUACCCGCCGGUGCUGCUGGCGCGGCGACGGCAGCACCUCGUUACUUUGACCGGGAAUAUGGCUCUGCGCACCCCGUACGAUGACAACGGUAGCAGCAGCAGCAUCUGGGCCAAACUGCGCGUGUCCAUGACGCGGCCGUUUCGGCUGCUGGCCACGCAGGUGAUUGUGCAGUGCAUCUCGCUGUACAUGAUGUUCGUGUACGGGCUGCUGUACAUCCUCUUCACCUCCUUCCCGACCCUGUUCACCGCGCCGCCGCCUCAGGGUUACGGGAUGAGCGUCGGCACGGGCGGGCUGAACUACCUUAGCCUAGGACUGGGCUUCUUCUUGGGCGCGCAGAUCUGCGCGCCGCUGCAGGACCGGAUCUACGUGUAUCUGAAGGUUCGGCGCGGCCACGGGGUCGGGCGCCCAGAGUUCCGGGUUCCUAUCAUGCUGCCGGCCGCGGUCCUUGUGCCCGUGGGCCUGCUGGUGUACGGGUGGACGGCCGAGUACAAGACACACUGGAUCGGCCCCGAUAUUGGCGCCAUGCUCUUCGCCGCCGGCGGCAUCGCGGCAUUCCAGUGCCUGCAGGGCUUCCUCGUCGACUCGUACCAGCGGUACGCGGCCAGCGCUGUCGGCGCCGCUACCGUCUUGCGCUCGCUCGCCGGCUUCGGCUUUCCCCUCUUCGCCCCGUCCCUGUACGACCGCUUGGGGUACGGCUGGGGAAACACGCUCAUGGCGCUCUUGGCUGUCGUUAUUGGAAUUCCCGGUCCACUACUGCUGUGGAAGUAUGGCGAGGUGUUGAGGAAGAGGAGUCCGUUUGCUGCGGGGGAUUAA